AGUUUAAACUCUCAUCCUCAUCACACCCUGAAGGUAGUCAAGUACUUUUAUACGCUUUUUUGCUUCGACAUACUGUACUUUGAAGCCUACAUACCCUUUUCGUCUCACUUCACAUCACAUCAUGCAGCCUCGCAUCCUCCACACCGCAGACCAACACCCCAGGAACCCAGACUUCGCCAUGGCCAUGCGGCUCCAGGGCGAGAGCGAGGACCCUAGCUGGUCGACACCAGCGUCGCCCUUCGACGACGCGAACGAGGUAGAAGACGACUCGGAAGAAGGCGAAGACGACGACAGCGCCUCGUCACCCCCCCGUCCCCUCCGCUCCGUCGCCUCCCGGACGCCCACACCCCUAGACUUCACACGCCUCCUAUCCCAACCCCACACCGCGUCGUCGCCACGCACCCCCUCCCCCACCCCCUCCCAACACACACUCACCCCGCCCUGUUCCGCCGGCACCGCAGCCCUGACCCGCGCACACACGCACCUGCGCUCUUUCCACGUCCCCUCGCGCCCGCUAUCUCCGCCCCGCCCCCGCGUAUCCCCAAAACUCAUCAACGCCCCGAAUAUCUCCUGGCCCCAACAGCAAAGACAGCGGCUGCGCCCUAUCCCCUCUUUCUCCACUACCGCCUCGUCCCCGCCCCCAACUGUCGCGUCUGGCUACGAGCGCAACAUUCGACAGCUGCCGUCGCGCCUCAGUGCUGUUACGGAGCAGAGCGACGCGUCGUUUAAGUCGGUGUCGCUGGGCGAGGAGCGCGAGGGGGAUGUGGAGGUCAGCGAGGCGGUGCAGGCCCGCAUGACGAGCUGGGACGAGGUUAGGCUGUUUACGGGGCCGGUUACGCGUGCACAGCGGGAUCGGGAGAGGGUUCAGAGGCGUGGGAGGUGGUCGGGGAAGGUGUUUGGGAGGCUGGGUGGGUGUUUUAAGGGGGCGUAG